AUGUCUGAGGAAUCUCUUACGACGCCUUUGAAGGGAAAGCAACCAGCUGUUGCUUCAUCCCCCGAAUCCCCAACACCCAUGAAGCAAACCAGGUCGAACGAUGCAACUUUUGGCUCACCCUUGCAGGGACGGCCAUAUCCGAAGCUUUUGUCUAUGGUUGCUGCCUCAUCCGUGUCGUCGAGCGCGAUCAGCUCGAUUUCAACCACGCUUGAGCUGCUGAGCAGCCCUGAGAAGACACGUCAACCGCCUCUUAGUCGUUCUGCUUUUGGGACUCCGUCGUCUUCUCGACCAACCAGAUCCUACACUAUCAGGGACACUGAUUCUGAAUACGAAAGCACUGACGUGGAGUCCGAUAUCAGUCCCCUUUCAUCUCGAGGGACUUCGAUGUCGACUAUUCCGUCAUCGAGUGAGAGUUCCCACUCGAUCGGCUCUUCGUACAAAGGCAAGGGCCCUGUAAUGCCCCUCUUUCCGGUUGAAAGUGCAUCCGCAUUUCUGAGGCGUCCCAACAUUCCCAACAGUAGCCCGCGUUUGCAAAAGCCUAUUCAAUCGAAAUCGAGCAACUCUCCUGCCAAACGACGCGCAGUUCCAUCUGUUGCAACUGUCACACCUGCCAUGACUCGAGUUGAAGAACUCGAGGUUGCCCUUUCCAAGCUCGCCAUCAGCGAUAAGCUUUUGGAGACGGAUAUCAAUUCGGACGUGACUGCGGUCCAGGAAUUUUUAUCGCUACCACUCGGUGAAGCACUGGAGCCGCAUUUCAUCGUCGAGUACAAUCCCGCUGUCUUGGAGCUGCUCGACAGAGCCAGAGUCGAAUGGGGUACGCAGUGGGAACUGGCUCGUGGUGUCUUGAAAGGGUCCUUCACUCUCGCUGUCCAAGCCCCGGCUUAUCGCUCGUAUAGGAAGGAGCUCGAUCGGGAGGAGAAGGCCACGCGCGAAGCUCCUGAACGUCGUUUGGGCUUGGGUGGGAGUUGGGAAGGCGUGGAGAACUGGCAUGGAGGACAAGUGCAACAGGUCGCUAGACUCGUCAAGUUGGAUAAGCGAGCUGGAUAUAGAGUAUCCCUCGAGCCAAUGGAGAACCGGAGAUCACAUCGCUUCGCGCGGUAUGUUGGAUCACGACAUAUUCUCCAGCUGAAGGUCUCCGACAAGCUUCUCAACUCACCCGAGGAGAAGGAAGAAAUUAUCGAAUUCCUUUCUCGGAAGUUUGUCCUUCUUGGAAGGGUCUUUGUACCCUUCCACACCAAGGAUGAGAGUGUCUACAUGGUAGAAACGAACGAGAACUACGAUCGCACCCCGCAAAAGUGGUGUGCGGACCAUCUUCGCCUUUCCUUUAUUCAAUUCAUGGAAUGGCAUAAUCCGAUGAUCUACAAUUUCAGACAGGCCAUCUCCAAGUUUGUAACUCGUUUUGCGCUUGGCUUGUCCAACUCGGUGCCAACCGUCGAGUUCGAACCAGAUUCGAUCUUCUUCAUCGACGAUAUCUAUUCUGCCGAUUGGCCUAAGGGCAAGCCAGGCGCCCCAGCAGAGAAGACUAUGACCGAUGGUUGUGGUUUCAUCAACCUCGCCGCCCUUCGCAUCAUCACCAAGCACAUGGGAUACGAGUAUCCGCCUACUGGCAUUCAGGGUCGUAUCGAUGGCGCGAAGGGUAUGUGGAUUCGUCACCCGACUGACGAAUCUCCUACUCCUCGCAUCUGGAUCCGAGCCUCCCAAAACAAAAUCAAAAACCCCUGCCUCGACCGUGCACACCGCAUCUUUGAGCUCCUCGGCCCCUCCCGACCCUAUAUAGGCAGCGCGCUCUCCCAGCAAACCGUCCUCAACUUCCACCACAAUGGGAUUACGGCGGAGACCCUAAUCCGCUUGUUUGAGGACGGUUUGAAAGAGGACGUUAUGCCCUUGUUGGACUGGAACAACAUGGUUGUGUUGUGGAACUCGGUGGCCAAGGCUGGGGGCUUGACCGGUGCGAGAAAUGCGAGGAUUGCAGCGAGUGCCAGUCGGGCGCUUGGGUUCCAGAGGGCGCAAUGGAAGCAUGAAGAUGUCGACGCGUCGGAAGACGACGAUGAUGAGGAUGCUGCGGAUUCUGGACCUGCCACAUAUACUGGGAGGAAUCCGUAUAGCGGCGCCCCUCUCGUCUUUCACGAAAAGAUCUGUGCUAUGCUUCAGGCUGGAUUCCGUCCUCAGGAAUGCAUGAUUCUGCAAGAGAACUUGAAGACGGCGAUCAAAACCACGAUUAACACCGCCAUUGAGAAAUAUAGGAUUCCUUUGAAGGAAUCUGUUUCUGCAUUCGUCAUUCCGGACCCGUUUGCUGUCGCUCCGAUGCGACAUCCUGCCGGGUCUGCUGUGACCGAUCCGCUUGGUGUCCUCAAGGAGGGUGAAAUUUAUUAUAGGUCUUCUCAGCCCAUGAAGGAUCCUGAGACGGAUCUGCCGUUCGAGGUUAUCACUGGGCCCGUGGUGGUCACGGCCGUCGAUGUUCCUGAAUUGGCCGGCUGGACGGAUGUAGUGAUAUUCUCCGCUCGCGGUAAGACCAACAGUCUUGCGAGCUUGCUGAGUGGCGGAGACAUGGACGGCGAUGUUGUCCAUAUAUUCAAGGAAUCCCCGCUCGUUGAACAUUUUGAGAACAAAUCUCUGUGCACUGCGCCGGACAAUCUUAUGGAUGACUUUGAAAGCGAGGUCGAGAAAGUAGUCGACUUCUGUAAGAGGAUGUUGACGAAGAGGCCGGAGGAAGCUGCAAAGGAGUAUCUCCGUGUCCUCCUUGGUAACCUCAAGUCGUCACGGACCGGUCUGUACUCUAUGUUCCACGACAAUGCGGUAGCCAACCUCGGCUAUGCGCACCCUGAAGCUAUCCGGCUCGCCUAUAUCUUCAACACCAUCUUGGACGCGACCUUCGAUCGGGAUCAGCGCCUUUACGGGCGGAAGCCAGACGCCUUUGGCGUUUUGAAGGAACUCAAAAUAGCUGGAAGGCGCAUCAAGGACGAAAUGUUCCAAAUAUUCAAUGAUCAAGUUGGGCCUCAGAACAAGGCUGUGAGGAAGGAUUCAGACCUUCUGGCGCCUUACAACACUGUCGCCGAUCUUGCUCGAAGACUCAAGCUCGAGAAUAAGUUAACAGGGCAACUGUUCGAAGAAGAACUUGAACGUGUGCGGCGGCAUGUUGAAGAGGCAGAGGUUCUUUUUGGCGCCCAGGUUGCCAAGCAGAUGUCCCAGGCGCAAUACCAGGAAUACAGCGACUCGCCUUCCAAGGCCAAAGCAUCCCGUGGUGCCAGCAACAAAUCUGACCAGGACGACAUCAUGUUGGCUGCGGCGCGGAAGCUCAGGGAGCCCAUCCCUAAUUCCAACGAGAUCAUCACGAACCUGGAGGAAGUCAAAGCGUCUUGCGCUUACAGCAUGGGUAAAACCGCUGGUUCUCAAUUUGCGUGGUCUGUUGCGUUUUCGACACUCCUCCAGAUCAAGGCAAAGGCGAGGAAUAUCAACUAUGCGGCUGUGUUGCAUGAGUUUGAUGAUGCGAAGAAUGUUUCGUCUGGUGCUGUUCGUGCGCUUAGCAAGGCGUCUGGUGAAGAGGUGUUUUGA